CACCAAAAACACUCAAACAUUACCUUACAGAACAUUCAGUUUGUUACAGUUUUCGGUUUUUAUGCUUGAUGUGUAUUUUGCAAUUAUUAAUGAGUUAUCACUGUGGUAGAUUAGCCACCGCUGCUAUUAGCCAUGCUAACACAUCGGUGGUUGAUUAGUUAAUUUAAACACCUGCUUCACUGAUGAUCUGUCAGUUUGUGUGUAUUUUGCCUUUUUUAUUUUUAAGCUGAACCAAAACACACCUUAUUCCACAGCACAUCUAUAUGUUAAGUUUGUCAACUGACCUACUUCCUUCUCCCUCGCUAUUUUUUUCUUAGUUAAAACUUAUUUCUCACCUUGUUAUCUAGUCAUAGUGUAGACAGUUCAUAGCAAAAUACUGCAUCACAUUUUACAUGAGCUUACAUUUAAGUCUAGCAGAGAAAUGGGACCAGGAACUAUGUCGUCUAUCGUGAUAUAGUAAAAAUAUAUCAGGAUAUUAGAUUUUCCUCAUAUCCCCCAGCCCUAAUUUCAACUACAUGAACCGAGGAAAUUCCCACAACACCUUUAGCAGGUCAACAGUAGAUCAGUGAUCUACUGUUGACCUGCUAAAGUUUUGUGAUGUAGAACAGUGGUUCUACAUCACAAAACUUGCAUGUUUUCUGUUGUCUACAAAAAGUCCUCUUCAGACGUCAAACUGGCGACCGUAGCAAAGAAGAGCAAGAAGGCUGAGGAUGAGGAGCAGCCGGCGGCCCCUGCCCCAGCAGCUGCAGCGGCAACUGUCACCGCGGCAACAGAGGAAGCACCUCCGGUAGAAGCAGCAGCAGCUCCAGCCGCAGCGGCAGCUCCUGCAGAGGAGGAGGAAGAAGAGGAGUAUGUGGUAGAAAAGGUUCUGGACCGCCGUGUGGUGCGGGGCAAAGUCGAGUUUCUGCUGAAAUGGAAAGGCUUUUCAGACGAGGACAACACAUGGGAGCCGGAAGAAAACUUGGACUGUCCUGACCUGAUUGCAGAGUACAUGCAGAAACACAAAGAGAGGGAGGAGAAGAAGAAGGAGAGUAAGAGGAAAGCUUCCAGCGAGGCGUCUGGAGAUGCAGAGGAGCGGGCCAGCAAGAAGAAAAAGGAGGAGGGGGACAAGGCCAGAGGUUUUGGCAGAGGCCUGCAGCCUGAGAGGAUUAUUGGAGCCACCGACUCCAGCGGAGAGCUGAUGUUUCUAAUGAAGUGGAAGAACUCUGACGAGGCGGACCUCGUACCGGCCAAAGAAGCCAACGUUAAAUGUCCGCAGGUAGUGAUCUCUUUUUACGAGGAACGCCUCACAUGGCACUCUUACCCCACAGAAGAAGAGGAAAAGAAGGAGGAGGAAAAAAAGGACUAGUGGAUGAGAGGAGG